CAUUGAAGUUCACAUUUUCCGAAAGAAAAGUUAAGGAGAGAGAAAUGAGGUUCACAGAUUUUGUCUUUGCAGCAGUAAUAGCUGUUAUCUUCGUUGCUAUUAUUAUCAAAAUCCAUGGCUAUAGAUUUUUUGACAAGAAAAGAAAAUACCACCCUGUUGCAGGCACGGUUAUACACCAACUUUUUAACUUUCAUAGGCUCCUCGAGUACAUGGUCGACCUCACAAUCCAGAGGAAAACAUACAGGUUGCUUAGCUUCAUCAGAAGUGAGGUCUACACUGCAAACCCUGCUAAUAUUCAGCAUAUCCUGGCGACAAACUUUCCAAACUACGGCAAGGGUUGGUAUCACUAUAGUGUUAUGUCAGAUUUUCUAGGAGAUAGUAUAUUCACAGUGGAUGGAGAGAAGUGGCGACAUCAUAGAAAGACAUCAAGCUAUCAAUUCUCAACCAAAAUGUUGAGAGACUUCAGCAGUUCAGCGUUCAAAUCCAAUGCAGUAAAACUUGCAGGAGUAGUGUCUGAUGCUGCAAUCUCAAACAAUGUUAUUGAGAUGCAGGAUUUGUUCAUGAAAUCAACUCUGGAUUCUGUAUGUAAGGUUAUCCUUGGUGUAGAACUGGACACUAUGUGUGGAACCUAUAAAGAAGGCACAGAGUUCUCCAAUGCUUUUGAUGAAGUAAGUGCUGCUAUCAUGUAUCGCUAUUUUAACUUUCUCUGGAAGAUCAUGCGGUUCUUGAACAUCGGAUCGGAAGCAGUACUUAGGAACGGUUUAAGAGUGAUUGAUGAAUUCGUGUAUAAUCUAAUCAGGAAAAAGAUUGAGGAGAUCCAAAAGCUACAAGAUAAUUCUACUGUGAUGAAAGGAGACAUUUUGUCAAGGUUUAUAGAAUUGAAAGAAACUGAUCCAAAGUACCUUAGAGAUAUUUCCUUGAGUUUUAUCCUUGCAGGGAAAGACACAACAGCAAUUACUCUUUCCUGGUUCCUUUACCAACUCUGCAAGCAUCCUCGCGUGCAAGAGAAGAUUGCACAAGAAAUUAGAGAGGCAACAAAUGUAGCAGCUGGAUCAACAAUUGACGAACUUGCAGCUAGUGUAACUGAAGAGAACAUGGAAAAGAUGCAGUACCUACAUGCAGCAUUGAAUGAAACACUAAGGCUCCACCCAGCAGUUCCAGUGGAAGGUAAGUUUUGUUUUGCAGAUGACACGUGGCCAGAUGGAUUUAGUGUUAGGAAAGGUGAUCUUAUUUCAUUCCAACCAUAUGUGAUGGGAAGAAUGAAAUUCUUGUGGGGUGAUGAUGCUGAGAAAUUCAGGCCAGAGAGAUGGCUUGAUGAAAAUGGAAUUUUGAAGAAAGAAAGCCCUUAUAAGUUCACAGCCUUCCAGGGGGGUCCAAGAAUUUGCCUGGGUAAGGAGUUUGCAUACAGACAAAUGAAGAUAUAUUCUACAGUUCUCUUAGGUAGCCACAGCUUUAAACUGGCGGAUCAAAAUGGAUCAGUAAAAUACAAAACCAUGCUUACUCUACAAAUUGAUGGUGGCAUGCACGUAUAUGCUUCUCAGAGACAGAAUUAAGGUCUUACUUACAGGACCAUACCCUUAGCUUAACAUAUGACUUGAGUGAAACAUAAUAUAUGCUUCAGCUUCUCUAUUCCUUAAAAUGUAUACCGUAGCUUAAUUCAACUUACUAUAAAUUGAUUAGAACAUGGAUACCUGUAUAAAUAGAUAGAUACCUGUUACAUAUGUAUGUUUCUAUUUCUCCCAGUGAAAAUUAAAUGAUAA